AUGAUGAAAUUUGGAGUUUCUCAAAGCUCGCUAUACUGGAAUCUUUUCGUUCGUUGCAACAAAUCGAGAGCUUUUGCUGAUACUCCCAUCAUCAACAGCAAUAAGCCCUCAAAUUUCAUCAAAAGCCGAGCAAGAUUCAACAAAUUCGUAAGGAAUCAAUGCAGAAUUGGAUUCAAAAGCGUUGAUGAUGCACUCGUCCUGUUCGAUGAAAUGAUUCAGAUGCGACCAAUGCCUUCUUUAUCCUACUUCACCCAGCUAGUGGUAGCCAUUGUGAAAAUGGAACACUACGAGGCUGCAAUAUCUCUGGUUGAACAAAUGGAAUUUCUAGAAAUCUAUGACCCUGAUGUUCAUAUCUUGAGUAUUUUGAUCAACUGUUACUGUCACUUGAAUCGGGUCGAUUUGGGUUUCUCUGUCCUUGGUCGAGUCUUGAAACUUGGUUAUGAACUCGAUGUUGCUUUGUUUACUACUUUGAUUAAGGGUUUGAUUGGUGGAAACCGGAUGGGUUUGGCUGUGGAGUUGUUUAAGGAAAUGGUGGUACGAGGGAUUCAACCCAAUUCGAUUACUUGUGGGACAAUAAUCAAUGGGUUGUGUAAAAUGGGAAACACCAAUGCUGCAAUUGAAUUGGUCAAGAAGAUGGAGAAGAGAAGAAUGGAAGUUGGUGAUGUUGCAUAUAGCAUGAUCAUUGAUAGUCUUUGCAAGGAUGGAAUGGUCACUGAAGCUUUUCGACUCUUUGAAAAGUUGAUUCGUGGAGGUUUGAAAACGAAUGUGGUCAUGUACAACUCACUGAUCCGUGGUUUCUGCAAUACGAAUAGGUGGAAAGAGGGCAUGGAGUUGUUCAAUGAGAUGGUGAAUCCAGAUGUAAAAACAUAUACUACCUUGAUUGAUGCACUUUGUAAAGAAGGGGAGGUCGAGAAAGCUGCUAAAAUGGUCGAGUUGAUGAUCGGAAAAGGGGUGAAGCCCGAUGUCAUCACUUACAGCACGUUGGUUGAUGGGUAUUGUUUGCAAGGUAGAAUGCACGAGGCAAAGAAUGUAGUAGAUUUGAUGAUUAGCAAUGAGUGUGAGCCAAAUGUGCAUACAUAUAACAUCUUGAUCAACGGAUACUGUAAAAAACAGAGGACAGACGAUGCACUAAAGGUGUUUGACGAAAUGUCCCAACAACACCUAGUUGCUAAUACCAUCACAUACACCACCUUAAUUCAAGGGUUCUGUCUUAGCCGGCAGCCGGGUGUUGCUAUGGAGCUGUUGAAGAAAAUGGAAUCGUACGGACAAGACCCAGAUCUUGUCACAUACUCGAUCCUGUUAGAUGGUCUGUUUAAAAAUAAUUAUCAUAAGAAAGCAAUGAAGUUGUUUCGAGCCAUGGAAGACGCCAAGUUGGAUCUCGAUGUCGUGGUUUAUGGCAUUCUCAUCGAUGGCUUGUGCAAAGCUCGGAAACUUGAAUCUGCAAAAGACUUGUUCCAUAAUCUUCCAAGCAAAGGAAUCCAUCCAAACACUCGUAUAUACAAUAUCUUGAUAGCUGGCCUUUUCAAGGGAGGGCUCUAUAAUGAAGCAAUCUUCCUGUUUCAGGAAAUGGCAAAAGGGAGUUGUGGUUGCAUGCCAGACGGCUGUACAUACAACAUAAUCAUUCAAGGUCUUGUUCUUAAUGAUGAUGUUUCGAGGGCAAUCGAAUUUCUACACAAAAUGGUUGGCAAGGGGUUUUCAGCUGAUGCAUCGACAGUUGAGAUUUUGUUAAAUGAUAAAAACUUGGAUGGGUCAGUUCUGCAGAUGCUUUGCAGGUAGAAAUCUCAUCUCUAUUUUUUGUAU